AAAAUGUUCAUCGGAGGUUUGAGCUGGCAGACAACAGCCGAAGUCUUGCAAGAUUACUUCACGAAGUUUGGAACGGUCAACGAGUGUACCAUUAUGAGAGAUCCUGGAACCAAGCGAUCAAGGGGUUUUGGAUUUGUAACAUUCAGUGAUCCAGAAAGUGUCGUGAAGGUCUUGAACGGAGGGCCACAUCAACUUGACUCUAAACUGGUUGAUCCAAAGAUAGCAGUGCCGAGACAAAACAUAACAAGCAACCACAGCAAGAUAACAAAGACUAAAAAGAUAUUCAUUGGCGGACUUUCCCUGACUACAAGCGUUGAUGACGUCAAAGCAUACUUCUCCCAAUAUGGACAGAUUGAGGACGCCAUGAUGAUGUUGGAUAAAACAACUCAACGACACCGGGGUUUUGCUUUUGUGACGUUCGAGAACGAGGAGGCAGUAGAUAAAGUGUGCGACAUACAUUUCCAUGAAAUCAACAACAAAAUGGUUGAAUGCAAGCGGGCUCAGCCAAAAGAGCUCAUGGUCUCGCAAAGUCUUACAAGACGUUAG